CCCUGGCGCCCCGCCCUUUCUUUGUGACGUGUCGUAGUGGGCGGGGUCAGCUGGACGCAGUCUAGCCUGGUUCUUUUCGCUAGUAGAGAAGUCGUUUUGGAAGUUUUCCGGAAGUAGCCAAAGGCUGAGGGUCUCGGGACCGGAUGGAACGCUAAAAGCAAACAGUCCGGAUAGGGGACUGUGACUGCAGCAUAGGGGGUACAGCGGCGGGUGUCAGUGGGAACGGGCGUUGUGGAGAUGUACAAGUUGCAGUAAGUGGGUGACACUCGAGGAGGACCCUGCGGAGUUGGUGACCCGAAGCGGGUAUUGACGGGUGGCCAGUUGGUGGAGUAGGCAUCUUAUAGUGCUGUCCUGGAUCCGGGUCACUAGGUGGAGGUGUUAUCCGAAGAACCAUGAGCCCCGGCUGCUGUCUCUAGGAUCCCCCUAAUCUACAUGGCUCCCCCGGAGGUGACCCGACACACAGGAACCCACUAUGGGCUCUCUGAGCAGUAGACUGUUAGGCCAGGACGCCUCAUACAAUCCUGUUGGCUCUUGUGAAUGCAGGAAGCGAAAAAGAAGCUUGGAGUGUCAGUGUGACAGAGAGACAGACGAUGAGCUCGAAAACCUACUCAAUACCCCACGCAGGAAAAAGCUGAAAAGUACUUCCAAGUAUAUAUACCAGACCCUCUUCCUCAAUGGGGAGAACAGUGACAUAAAGAUUUGUGCACUUGGUAAAGAAUGGAACCUCCACAAAAUCUACCUCUGUCAGUCUGGAUACUUCUCCAGUAUGUUCUGUGGUUCCUGGAAAGAAUCCAGCAUGAAUGUGAUAGAACUGGAGAUACCUGACCACAACAUUGACGCAGAAGCUUUGCAGGUGGCAUUUGGCUCGCUCUACAGAGAUGAUGUCCUGCUAAAACCCAGCCGCGUCAUUGCUGUAUUAGCAGCUGCUUGUAUGCUUCAACUAGAUGGUUUAAUUCAGCAGUGUGGGGAAACCAUGAAAGAGACUAUCAGUGUUCAGACAGUCUGCAGCUAUUCCAUGGCAGCUGGUGUCUACGGGUUAGACUCUGUGAAAAAAAAGUGCCUUGAAUGGCUUCUAAAUAACUUAAUGACCCAUCAAAGUGUAGAUCUGUUCAAAGAGCUCAGCAUCAAUAUGAUGAAACAGCUCAUAUGUUCUCCGGACCUACUUGUAAUGCAGGUAGAGAUGGACGUGUAUACGGCUUUAAAAAAGUGGCUGUUCCUGCAGUUAGUGCCUUCUUGGAAUGGGUCCUUAAAACAGCUCCUAAGUGAAGCAGAUGCCUGGUUCUCUAAACGCAGGAAAGAAUUAGAAGAUACUGGCAUCACCUUUCUGGAAACUGAGCGGGGCUGCCCAUUUGUGCCAGUUUUCAAGCAUCUGCGUAUGCAAUACAUCAUCAGUGACUUGGCAUCAGCAAGGAUUAUCGAACGUGAUGCUCUGAUACCCUCAGAGUGGUUGUCCUCUGUGUACAAGCAGCAGUGGUUCACUAUGCUCCGUGCUGAGCAGGAUAAUGACACCGGCCCUCAAGAAAUCAAUAAAGAAGAACUGGAGAACAACAGCAUGAGAUGUGGCAGGAGACUUGCUAAAGACGGUGAUUAUUGUUGGAGAUGGACUGGAUUUAACUUUGGUUUUGACUUGUUGGUCACAUACACGAACCGCUACAUCAUUUUUAAAAGGAAUACCUUAAACCAGCCAUGCAGUGGUUCUGUCAGUCUGCAGCCACAAAGGAACAUUGCAUUCAGGUUACGCUUGGUGUCGUUCGAUACGAAUGGUAAAAUAAUCUGCAGUCGAACAAGUGGCUAUCAGAUACUCAGCCUUGAAAAAGAUCAGGAACAAGUGGUGAUGAACCUGGACAGUCGCCUGCUUGUGUUUCCUCUCUACAUCUGCUGCAAUUUCUUGUACACAUCCCCCGAGAGACGAGUGGACUCAGAAGGACAGGGGGAGAGUUCGGACAUCUAAAAGGGCCACUGCCUACAUCAAGAUCUUAAUGUGAAAAAGGGAAAGUUUUUUUUUUCCUUCAGGUUUACUUUCUUACUGGUGCAAGGAAAAGAACAUAUGUAGCGGUUUAAUGGACUUGUAUCACAGUAUGCUUAGAGAUGAAUGAGGUUUAUAACACUACACCUCAGAAUGUAGGUUCUUCUGCCUAACAUCGCAAGCCAAAAGUCUGUAUGAAUUACUUAAGAGGUACUUGGGCAAAAAAAAAAAAAAAAUGUCUAAUGCAUUUAUAGAAAUGUCCACAGGUCCUCUAUAAACAUGCAGCCUUGGGAUAUUUAAAAAGAAAUAUAUAUAUAUUUUUUUGCGCUAGAGUACUUCUUUAAUUAUGUUUAAAGAGAAUCUGACACCCUGUUUCCACCACACUCAACCCAAUAUACUGGGUUAUAGUGAGG